GUGGGGUCAAGGUGGGGCCUAGUGGGAACGGGUUGGGGUCAAGUGUGGGCUCUUAAGCCUUUUUGGAGCCUGUCCAGCGCGGGGUGGAUUGAGUGAGGCUGGGGAUGGGCCUCAGGUGGAUGAUGUCAUCCAGGGAGUACUAUCAGGGAAGCAUGGUGUCAACUAAGGGAGAUGUCUGCAGCUAUGGAAUAAUAUUACUGGAGUCUGGAGAUGCUAACAGGGAAGAAGAUUACUGACCCUAUGUUUGAUAGAUCCUAUAAGCUUCAGAACUUUGUUUCCAAUGCUUUGUCGGACAGGGUAAUUGAUGUUAUUGACCCAUUCAAUCUACAUGAACUUAGUAGAUAUGAUGCAGCAAUGGCAAUGGAUUGUCUAGAGAUGCUUUUAGACAUUGGUGUGAGAUGUGCCCUGGAGUCACCGCAGUUUCGGCCGGACAUUAAAGAUACCUUGAGCAUUCUGGAAACAGUUAGAAGGGUUUUCGAGGACAAUACAGGUGGUACUGAGACAUAUACUACAGGAAGUUUUCAAGAUGCAGUCUUGGUGGCUCAAAUAAAUUCGAGAUCUCUACCAUGGAACAGGUUAGAAGUUCCAGAAGUGCCCUCUCGAAAUCUAGUAGAAAGAAAUUCAGGUGGAGCCGACAGGAAUGUAGCCGCAACAAGGCAAUCGAUGGAUCCUUCCCCUCAGAUGGCUCCAAAUUCAGUCACAGUGUCAUACACAAGGCAGUUGAGGGAUCCUUCCCCUCAGAUGGCUCCAAAUUUAGCCACAGUGUCAUACAUGGAUCUCCAUAAAGCAACUAAUGGGUUUUCCUCAGCCAACUUAGUCGGUGCAGGUGGUUUCGGUUCUGUUUACAAAGGAACAUUUGAUCAAGAAUAUGUUCGUCUUCUCUUAGGGGAUAGUGGGAUAGAAGAUGAGAUCGGAAUAGCUAUUGCAAUCAAAGUAUUUAACCUUCAACGUAGAGGUGCAGUAAAAAGUUUCAACACCGAGUAUCAAACUUUAAACGACAUUGACCACACAUAUCUUGUCAAGCUUAUAACUACAUGCACAAGUGUGGAUCAGGAUGGUCACGACUUUCGAGCUAUUCUUUUUGAGUUCAUGGAUCAAGGGAGUUUAGAGAUGUGGCUGCAUCCAACAUAUAAAAGUAACCAUCAUGGUCCCAUUAAACCUCGAAUACUGACCCUUUAUGCCAGAAUAAGCAUAGGAAUUGACAUAGCCUAUGCCCUCGAUUAUCUUCAUAAUCAAUGCAAGAAUCAAAUAAUCCAUUGUGAUCUAAAACCAGGCAACAUUUUGAUAGACAAAAACAUGUUUGCACGCAUUGCAGAUUUUGGAUUGGCGAUAACUCUUCCUGAAUACCCAAGUAUGAACCUUUGCAGCAGCUCAACUGGAAUACGAGGAACCACCGGAUAUAUAGCUCCAGAAUAUGGUCUAGGAUGCAAGAUGACAACCAAGGGAGACACAUACAGCUUUGGGAUUCUAUUACUGGAGAUGCUGACAGGGAAGAAGCCUACUAAUCGUAUGUUUCGGGGAGGGCUUAACCUUCACAAUUUUGUUUCGCUGUCCUUACCUGACGACGUGAUUAAAAUUACUGACCCACUCAUGAAGGUAAUGACAUCUGCAAAUAAAGGGGAUGACAAACGAGUAGAGGAUUGCCUGACUAGAAUGUACAGUAUUGGUCUAGCAUGCUCCAAGACAUCAGCAAAGGACCGACCAGACAUGCGUGAUGUAUUAUAUGAGCUGGAAUCCAUUAGGAACAUCUUCUAGCUUGAAUAUAGUUGCGCUACCUCGCCUUUUGAAAGAAUAACACGAAGACAGAAACUUAGGUCCCUCAAUGUUGAUUUGCACUGCAGUACAAUCUCAUUAAUCCAAUAUUCUUUCUCGGACCUAAGAAUCUUGUUUCUAUUGUAUUUUAUUAUUAGUACUAAACAAGUAAGUAUAUUUUUGGUCUUGGCAUA